CAUAAAAACAGCUUCUAAAUCAGUAUGCACGAUCAGUCGGUGCGCUUCUCCCAUCUGGAGAACUCUUGGACAUCUUUGGAGCUACAGAGAUUAGACUGUUUAGGGUCCUUCUAGAUGAUUUGAUGGGGAAUUAAUGACUUCAACAUUUCCUCCAGGGCUUUGGACUUUUGUUGUGUGAAGUGUCCUCUCUUUCACCGUCUUCUCAUCCUACGGAUAACGUUUGCACCUCCACCAAUGGAAAAGAGCCUCGCCAGAGUUCUUAAACUGCCUUCCAGGAACAAGUAACCUUUGCCUGAGGAACUCGUCCUGGAUCAGCUCUCAACAAACAUGGACUGUUUUCCCAUACUUUACUUUCUGUCGAGACAUCAUGAUUAUUCCUGGUAAUCGAAUGCUGAUGGUCAUUUUAUUAUGCCAAGUCCUACUGGGAGAGAGCAGCUAUGCUAGUCUAAUACCUGAGGAGGGGAAAAAGAAGGUGUCAGCUCAUCAUCCGGCUCAGAGUCAUGACCUGCUGCUGGACUUUGAAGCCACGCUGCUGCAGAUGUUCGGGUUGCAGAGGCGUCCACGACCCAGUGACAAAGCAGUUGUGCCCCAGUAUCUGCUCGACCUGUACCGCCUGCAGUCCGGGGAGCUUGAGGAUGCCCCUGGCCACGACGUCAACUUUGAUUAUCCCGAGAGGUCCACGAGUCGAGCGAAUACUGUGAGAGGAUUCCACCAUGAGGAGCACAUGGAGGAGCUCCAGGCAGAUGGGUCAUGGUCGACUCCCCUGCGCUUCCUCUUUAAUCUCAGCAACAUCCCAGAGGAUGAACUCAUCUCCAGCGCAGAGCUUCGUCUCUACAGGCAACAGAUAGAUGAUGCAAGCUCAGAUCCCCGGCACACAGGAGACGAGGGUCUCCAUCGCAUAAACAUUUACGAGGUGUUGAAGCCUCCACGGGCUGGGCAAAUCAUCACGCAACUCCUGGACACCCGAUUGGUGCGUCACAACUCGUCCAACUGGGAAAGCUUCGACGUGGGCCCUGCCGUACUGCGCUGGACCCGCGAUAAGCUCUCCAACCACGGCCUUGCUGUGGAGGUUCUGCACCUGAACCAAACGCCCCGCCAGCAGGGGCGCCACGUGCGCGUAAGCCGCUCCUUGCACCCAGUUCCAAGCGAAGACUGGGACCAGUUUCGCCCCCUUCUGGUCACGUUUGGUCACGACGGCAAAAGUCACCCGUUGACGCGCAGGACAAAGCGCAGCCCCAAGCAAAGGGGUCGAAAGCGCAAUCGCAACUGCCGGAGACACGCGCUCUAUGUCGACUUCAGCGACGUGGGUUGGAACGACUGGAUCGUGGCGCCCCCCGGGUACCAGGCGUUCUACUGUAAUGGAGAGUGCCCCUUUCCUCUGGCCGAUCACCUGAACUCCACCAAUCAUGCUAUCGUACAAACACUGGUUAACUCGGUAAACACCAAUAUUCCCAAAGCCUGCUGUGUCCCCACAGAGCUAAGUGCCAUUUCGAUGCUCUACCUGGAUGAAACGGACAGGGUGGUCCUGAAAAACUACCAGGAGAUGGUGGUUGAAGGGUGUGGCUGCCGCUAACCGGACAUAAGGAUGGUCAGCCACAUUUACAGCUGAAUGACCAUACCUGGACGCUUAUUUAUAACUUUUUGGUUGAGAUUUGUGUGUUUGUCGCAUUUGUCUCCUCGACCAUAUGAUCAUAUAUUUUGACAAAAAAUGAUAUAUGUAAAAUAUAUAUAUAUUUAUAGCAACGUAAUUAUAACAAAAAACUAAAGUGUCCUUAUUUUGAAUAUAAUAAAGCUGUACAGCUUUUCAUAAUGUAUAUCAGACUGUGUAAGGGUUUUUAUGAGAGAAUUAGAAAACAUGCCACUGAAUUGUUUAUUUACUGGUAGUAUUUAUUUGUGUAAUACAGUGUACAUUCAAAAGGAUGAAAUAGUCUGCCACAGAUUCCGACAACCGACCUCUUAUUUGAUCCAAAGCAUGUUUUGCGUACUUAUAAAAGAGCACUGUGUGAAAUCCCAGGAGAACUGUUGUAACUGCUUUAUCAGUCCAAGGCAUCAGAUAUGUUGUGAUUGUAAUGUUUUCCUUCAGUUGAUAGUGGAUGAUGCACAUUGUUCAUUUUUACAUAAAUUGUCAACGUUUCAAGCAACACAG